AUGGCACGUGCAGACUCGGGCUACGUGAGCAGCCACGGUUCGAUAUCUAGUCAAAAAUCAUCUCAAGCUAUUAGAGACAGUUAUGAUACCAUUGAGGUGGAACACAAGGGAAAAAGGACGCAUAAUACAAACCAGAACGUUAUCAACGACCAUCUUCAAGAAUCAUUUCUUCAACAUGACGAUAAAAGCAACUACGGCAAUGUUUAUUUUCACAGCAGUCCAACAGAUAUAACUUACACCAAAGACCAGUUCGCAACGUCACCAAAAUAUUAUACAUCAAACCAGUACAGUCCUUCCCUACAACAAUCCAAGCCUAUCACAUUCCUGCCUUCCUCACCAAAUUCACCACACGCUCAUCACCAUCCCGACCGUCUACCUCGUCUAAAUCCGUCCCAAACCGAAAACAGGGGCCGAUCCCUCUCAGACUCGAGGUUGCCAGGGACGAAUGGGGUGGUUGGGAAAGAACAAUUGGCGAGAAGUUAUAACGAGAGCGCUAUCGACCAGAUCAUGUCGAGAAAUCAAGUCGUUGCCGCCGGGAAUCCAUCUACGAAAUUUUCCUCGACUAAAAGUGAGGGUGAUAGAAGUAGGAGCAAUAGCCUUCACGAUAAUCAAGAGUCGUCGUUUGGCAAUGCCUUUGCCACCAUGAGUAAUACUACUGUUGCUGCCGAUGCUGCGUCCAUCGCUAUUCCCAGAAACAAAGUCCAAGGAAGAGGUACCGCCACUAGUAUUGCACAAGCCGCGUUGAUACUCUAUUCUACCACCGUAGACAGUGAUGAUGAAUCCGAAAGCGAUGAAGGCAUUUAUGUUGGUAUUGUCGACGAUGAUGAGAUUGACAACAAUAAUGGUUCAUUUAGCGAAUGGAACGAGCCAUCCGAAGCAAAUGUUGAUAAAGAAUUUGACACAAGAGACGGCGGAUACGCCUCACAACAGCCUCAAAGUCCAUCGUCACAGUAUAAGCCUACGUCCAUGAAUCAACAGGUGUACCAGAACCAAGGACGCCCCCAUUUGGAUCGGCCAUUGCCUCAGAGUCCGAGUCAAGACUACCAAUCACCAACUCAUCCAAACUUGGAUCGUCCAUUACCACAAUAUCCACGUCAAGGUUCUCCUCAACCACAAAACAAUCUGAAUUUAGAUCGGCCAUUGCCACAGAAUCCGCGUCAAGAGUACCAGCCACAAAAUUUGGAUCGCUCAUUACCACAAUAUCCACGUCAAAGUUCUCCUCAACCACAAAACAAUAUCAAUUUAGAUCGACCGUUGCCACAGAAUCCGCGUCAAGAGCACCAGCCACAAAAUUUGGAUCGCUCAUUACCACAAUAUCCACGUCAAGGCUCCCCUCAAACACAGACUCGUCUAGAUUUAGAUCGACUGUUGCCACAGAAUCCGCGUUAUGAUUACCAACCGCAAGUUCAUCCAAACUUGGAUCGUCCAUUACCACAAUAUCCGCGUCAAGACUCUCCUAAACCGCAAUAUCCGCGUCAAGACUCUCCCAAACCACAAUAUCCGCGUCAAGACUCUCCUAAACCGCAAUAUCAGCGUCAAGACUCUCCCAAACCACAAUAUCCGCGUCAAGACUCUCCAAAACCACAAUAUCCGCGUCAAGACUCUCCUAAACCACAAGUUAGCCCGAAUAUGGAUCGUCCGUUGCCAAAGAGUCCGCGUCAAGAGCGCCAACUACCGAAACAUCCGAAUUUGGAUCGUUCGCAGUCACGAUCGCAUUUGGAUCGUCCAUUACCGCAGGAUCCACGUCAGGACUUUCAACCACAAAACCGCCCGAAUUUGGAUCGUCCGUUGCCACAGAAUCCGCGUCAAAACGUGCAACCGCAAAAUCGUCCCAAUUUGGAUCGUCCGUUGCCGCAGGGUCCACGACAAGUCGAUCGUGACUUGCCACAGUUACCCAAUGGCAUGGAGCUGCAACAAUCUGUGCAAGUGGCACCAGCUGGACAGAAUGAAAAGAAGAACUCAGACCCGGCAGCAAGAAUUAAAAAGCGCGAACUGGCGGUCAAGGAAAUAAUCACAUCUGAACGCACGUACGUUGAUGGAUUGCGAAAAUGCGUAUCUUUCUUUUUGAACCCUCUUAGAGAGAAUUGUCAAAAGGCAACUGCAAAGAAUGGGCUUUUGCCAACAAAGCGUGCGGCUUCGGCGGAGGAUAUCAACUUGAUAUUUGGGAAUAUCGAGCAAUUGUUAACCUUGCACGAGCAAUUAUUAAAGAGCUUGGAGGAGAGGUAUCAGCAAUGGAAUCCAAAUGAAUUCAUCAGCGAUAUAUUUAUCCGUACUGCUCCAUACUUGAAAAUGUACACAACUUAUCUAAAAAAUUUCCCUCAAGCCGUUGGCACGAUCGAGCGCCUAAAGAAGGAAGCACAAGCAUUUAAAAAGCUCGUAGCGCAUUGCGUAGAGCGACCCGAACUUGGAGGACUACCUAUGAAUUCCUUUUUGACUCUACCCAUUCAGCGAAUUCCUCGGUACAAGAUGUUGUUGGAAGCCGUGCUAAAGUACACAGACGAAUUUCAUCCUGACUAUGAAAAUCUACAAAAGUGUGUACAGCAGAUAUCAGUCAUUGCAGAUGAAGUUAAUGAAAAAAUAAGAGAUGCCGAGAACCAACAAAAAAUAGUAGAAAUUCAAGGUCUUCCAGAUGACAUAGUCAAACCAGCGCGCAGGUUUAUCCACAAGGGCGAUCUACACAAGGUGGUGAUGUCUCAACACUAUACGACUCCAUCCAAAGGGUCCGAUGCUCGCACGUAUUUUCUCUUCAACGAUCUUUUGCUCUUUUGCGUGAACAAUAACGGAAAACACAUCUACGAGACACGAUUUGAUCUUGCAUCUGCUAGCAUUCGUGAUAUUGAAGAUGGGUUAUAUACACACCCGUAUUGCUUCCAGAUAGUGACCAACAGGGGUGACUAUGUCGUGAGAGCUACGACUUAUGAGGAGAAACGUGACUGUAUUGAACGGUUUGAUGAUACAAUUUGGAAAUUGCAGAACGGUGCUAGAGCGACUUAUGGUGCCGAUGGAAAGCGCUUAAUUCCACUCAAACUGCCUGCAAUUCCACCGCCUUCCUCUUGA